CGAUGGAGAUCAGGGAUGGGUCGGUCGUGGGCUGUGGCCAAUGGAUCGUGGGCUGUCAGGCCCCUUCUUUACUUUAUUUACCGCGGAUCGAACGUGGAUCGACAGAAAUAUCUCCCUCCUCAACCCCUUUCUCUCCCUCGUCUCUUCCCAUCCCGCUCCUCUUCUCCAUGCCGCCGCCACCGCCGCUGCUUCUCCUCCCUCUCGGCCGCCUGUCUCCCCCGCCUCCAACACCUCCUCCUCUCUUUGCCUCCUCACCCAACCAGCACAGCCAGACCACGCGAUGUGGACGAGGAGGCAACAGAUCGGGAGGCGGGCAAGAGGAACCAGGCGGUUCUCCUUCCAUGGCCGGGCCUCGACCAGCCGCAUCUUCCUCCUCCCAGUCCGGCGGAGAGGAGUGGCGGAUCCGCCUCCUCAAGCGAGCAGGGGCGCACGGGGAUUCGAUCCAGGGAUCUCCUUGCGAGAGGCCGCCACCGUACCGACUCCAACCUGCAGCCUGUUCCAACUCAGAAAGUGACAGUUAUACAAGAAGAACCAGAUGCCACUGAAGAUGCCAACGUCCAAGUAAGCAUCGCGAACUGCCAUAAACAUCGCGAACCACUCGAGUAUCUUCAUUCCCUGUGUAGAACUGUUCAAGAAAAGCACCUCAGCGUGGAGGAGCCGGCUUCCCGUGUCAGAGUUGCGUGUACUUGCGGGCUACUUCACCGUCACCAACCCAUCUGUAGUAUUGUAGGGAUGGACAUAUGGAUUGAGUGGUACCCACCUGAAAGAUACACAUCUCAGCAGCCAAGAACUUCAAUAAAAAUGUAUAUCCCAACUCCUUUUAUAAUCUUGAAUGCUUCUCGGUCAACGUCGGUGUCACUUCCAGUCUUGGAUGCUACCAGGAUGCCAGGGAAGAGGUAUGAAAUUCUCAACUUAGGAAGGAACAUACAACCUGUAAUGUGUCGAUCACUAACUAAUAAACAGGAGUCUGAUGUUGGAAAGAAGCAACUGGUACCAACGCAAAAGCAUCACGACUCCCCUUACAAAUCAAUGAAGUGUUCUAAUUCUAAUUCUGGCGAUCUAAGCACCGGUCCAAGCAGCGGCUCUCCCUCGGCUAUGCCUGGAUGUUCGAGCUGUCAGUGUGGUACAGGAGCAGCAGCCACCACCGCUGCCAAGUAGCUCCAGCAAUCACGUGCUCACUCUUUCUUCACAGACUAUGUAUGGUCAGUUCAGAAAAUUGGAGGUUUUAGGAUCUUUGGAAGUUUUUUGAGGCAUCACCCUUCUUGUCCGCAGUUAAAAGGUUUGACGCAGUACAGUGCGGGGGAGGCGGUGUCCUCUGCAGCUAGGUCUACUUGCUGGCGACCUCACCAUCACCAACCCAUCUACAGAUUUGAUGAUUUCUCUCAAUAUACUGCUGGCGAUGUAGUUGGCAAUGAUUAGCCUACUUGAAUGGAUAUGGUUCUUGAGAGGCCAUUUCUUAUGCAUCAGGCCCUGAAGGUGGAUGUUGCUUGUAUGCUAAACAA